UAAAACGGACCUAACGACGUCAGCGUGCAACACAGAAAGAUAUGUUUAUUAAAUCCAACCUGCUAGAUUUCUACAUGCUUUUUGCGAUUUUUAAAACAUUUUUGCAGCAUUCUGGGAUUUCUGUUGCAGUUUUUCCUUCAAGUCUUCUAACUGAAUCUUGAUUUGCAGUCUGAACUCUGAACUUUUCAAGCUGCCUCCCAGAAGGUUUGCAAAGCAAUCUUCAAAGGGGGUGAAGAUGGAUCCCGGUGAGAUAAAAGCUGAAGCUGCAGAUGACGUGAAGCGUCUGAUGAAGCCAGUCAGAAAGCUGCAGACCACCGCAGCAGCAGCAGCAGCAGCAGCGUGAGUCGUGACGAUUUUCUGACUUUUGCACCUGCUGAGUGAAAACAACGUCGUAGAUUUUCAUCUAACAGGUUCAGAACCAAGGAGAGUCGCUGAAGAACCGAACCACAGCUGCAGAAAUGGCCGUGAGUCAGAACCGAGUCGCACACUGCUUCAGUAGUAGAAUAAAUAAUGUUUCCACGAGGUAAAAAUCUACAGAUUAUAUGUAAAACCUACAUUAUGUCCUCAUAUGUGAUGCUAGUUUUUUUUUGCAUUUAAUUCUUUUGUCUUCAAAGUAAAUCUAAAUGCUUGCUUUUUCUGAUGUUACGUUAAAAACAUGGAGGGUGUGGGGUGUCGACUCAGAUCUGUGAAUCUUAUCAAAUCAGUCCUGAAGAGACAGAUUCAUGAAAGCAGAUCUGCUUCUGUCCUUUCUGCUGAGGAAUCAGAGCCUUAAAUCUGUAUUCACACAAAAAGUGUAGAAAAUGUGUUCAAACUUGUCCUAAUUUUAGUUUAACAAAAUGACCUCAUUAGAAACCUUCAGUGUAGUAAAAUAAAACUAUACUGGAGCACUUAAGCUUAGAGAUGACAACCACUAUGCUGUAUUUUCUGUAUUCUGUUUAUUAUUUUCAUCUCAUCUGCAUUCUGGUGGUGUUUUUAAGCAAUUCAAAUUUUGCAAAAUAUCUCUUUUGCAUGCAACAAUUCUGCAGAAAAUGCAAAAUGUUUUAUUCAUGUGUGAAUUUGGUGUUUGAUCUAAUUCAGAACAUUUCUGUAGAACCUCCUCAUUGAUCCUAAUGGAGGGAUUUUGGAGGUUCUGUUUUCUCUUUUAGGACUUUUGCGGGAUGCUUCAUGCGUUUGUGCCUCAAAGGGAGACAAGGCGGUUUUGGCUUGCUUUUAGCGCCCCCUAGUGUCUGUUUAAUGGAACUAAAGCAACACUGAUCUCUCGCUGUGCGUUUGUCCUUUUAACACCUUAAUCUAAAAGCUGAAAUGUCUCUUCAGGCCUCAUUAGUGUCUACAAGAGCGAUUCAUCAGUAAAUUAAACAAAUCAGCUGUUGUUCACGAUCUAAAACAUGCAAGAAACGUGCUGGAAGCAGACUGCAGCGCCAGGUAUGUCAGCCCCUUUUUUAUUCUAAAGCCUGAUUCUCCGUCUGCGUCAGUGCGGAGACACGCAACGCCAUCAUCCGUCCUUGCGGGCCUGCUGGAGAGCUCCGCAAGGACGGACGGAGUCGAGCUCUGUUUUCUAAACAUCCGUCCGUCGAGACGGAGAAUGCAAGCUUGUGAUUGGUCAGGACGCCGCUGUCAUCUACACCGCCGCCAUUGCGUCCUCAAAAACAUAAAGAGAGCCGAGGAUAACUAGCGGCAGACACGGAGCAGCUUGAGGAAUACCUCGUGAAAAAACUCUAAAAACAUGAACGUUUAAUUUCCCCGUGACUGGAGGAGAGAAAAGAUGCACAGCAAGCGUUUUAUUUGUGGACGGAAAUGACAGGAAACGUGGGUUUAGAGGUGGCGAGCGCAUGAAGAGGUAGCGGAGGAUGAGAGACAAAUCUGUCUGUUAAAAAGUCUCUUAUAUACAAAAAAACACAAUAUAAACACACUAUCUUGGACCGAUACAUGACAGGAUACCACAGAACAGCGCUACGCCCUCUGCUGUCCUGGCGGGGAAUUGCUUUGCAACACUAUCCAGGAGACGGAGAAGCAUGAGGGCAAAAUGCCUCCGUCCGUCCGUGCGUGCGUGUCUGUCCCUGUUGGAGCCGAUGGAGAAGCAUGAACCAGGCUUUAGUCCAACAAACCAGCACUCUGAAGUUGCAAAUGCGGUAUUCUGGCCACAGACGGAGACAAGGGCUGGGUGGCCUUUCAUUAACGCUGUAAACGGUCAUUUUAGCACAUACUAGCUCAAGAAAAAUGUUUAAAAAGCAUCCCUUUAACAUUUGUAUGUGUUACAUUUAUUUGUUGAAAAAUCAAAACAAAAACCUGCAAUUUGUGAUUUUUCUCACAAAUGCUACAGUGCAAAAUCAAUAAAUGCUAAAUUAUUAGUAAAAUUAAUAAAAUACAUUUAUCCUUUAUUUUUGUAAUGUUUCUAUACAAAUUACUUCCGUCAACAAUGUCAAGGUCAAUAACAGAGAAAAUUAGCACUAAAAUUCCAAGUUAUUUAUCAACUUGUGCGUAUAAAACACAACUAAAUGUUUCCUCAUGUGGAAAAAUCCACAAGCAACAAGACGAUUAGGAGAUAAAAUCAUUAUUAAAGGUGUCAACUAAACAUUAAAACGGAUUUUUCCUCAACAAAUUUCAAAAUGAACAAAGUAAAGACGGAAAUGAAGUCAUUUCCUUUCAUCGUUUUACCUCUUUUUGGAAUUUUUAGGAGAAACAUCAAAUCAUAAAUUAUUUUAUAAUCAAGUAAUUUUGGAAAAACUUAGUUGUUCAAUUCUGAGAAAAUCUCAGUGAGGAGGUGUGUGUGUGUGUGUGUGUGUGUGUGUGUUCUAAUGAGCUCUAACGAGCCGCUCCAUGAUCGUUUCUACGCGCUGACACCGGGUCUCGGCCCCGACCCAAAGCUACCAGCUGCAGUGGAAACCAGCCGGUGUGACGGGACUUCACACAGCUAUAAACAGACAUGUUUACAUCCUAAACGUCUCCAUGACGACUGACAGCACUCAGACUGUUGGGUCACAUUCCAGAAGGGGUUCAAAUCCACAGAGAACAGUAAUGUUGGAGCAGCAUCUCUGCUGGUAUUUGAUCAUGUUGAGAUGAAAUAAUAAAGUCAGAUUUUCUAACGCUUCCUAGUUCCUGCAGCUCCCAGAACCAGGAUUUUAGACCGUUAGAGCCACCGACUACUAAAACGUUCCGUAAAGUGUCCAGAUCAGCUCAAGAGCAGAUGGUCAAUUUAUUAGGUCAGAAAAAGGCUUGACUGGUUUUUGGUGAGAUUUAUUUGUGACAGAAAUAAACUCCACAUGCUCUAAAUAAGAAUCAAGCCACCAGAAUGGCUUCCGUCCAGCAGACAUUAGUCACAUCUGUUGUACAUUUCUCCGUUACGUUUCACUACGUGAACACGUUUGUCUAAAGCUAAAGGACAUGUUUUAUUUUUGUUUUUGCACAAAACUAUUAGGGAAAAAAAUGCAAGAUCAAGGUGAAAAAUGGGAAAUAAGUUAUAAAAAAUGUCUUUUUACACAAAAAUGGUUUGAUUUGGAAGUGAAAACUCUUUUAUUUUAUGUAUUUUUUUGCCUUCAGGCCGCCAUGAAGCUUCUGGAUGACAUGUGCCACCUGUCGGCUCAGUCUCUGACUGCCAUGGACACAUCGGAGACCUUCCGGGUGCUGAAGCAGCUGGGAGAGGGCUCUUAUGGAAAAGUCAUGCUGGCUGUGCACAGGAAAACAGGUACCCCGAUGGCUUUGAAGUUCUUCACCCGCGAGUCCACCUCCCUUCUCUCCUUCCUGAGAGAGUACAAUGUCUCUCUGUCCUUCUGCACCCACCCGUCCCUGACCCGGGCUCUGGGGAUCGCCUACGCCACACCUUCACACUACAUCUUCGCUCAGCAAGCAAGCCUCUUUGGCGAUCUCUAUGAUGUCAUCGUACCUGAGGUGGGGAUGGAGGAGGAUAGCUGCCAGCGGGUGGUGUCCCAGCUGUGUGGAGCUCUGUCCCACCUGCACUCCCUCGGUUUUGUCCACAGAGAUGUCAAACCAGAGAACGUCUUCCUCUGUGACUCUGCCUGCCGGUGGGUCAAACUGGGCGACUUCGGAAUGGUGAAGGCCAGAGGAACCAGAGUCCCAGAGGUCUGGUACAGCUCACCUUACUGCACCCCCGAGGCUGAGGUUGCUCGAGGGAACGAGGACAGCUGGGACGAUGAUCGGAACGAGAACUUGGAGAAGAAGGAGAGAGUCUGGGUGUCUGUGGAGCCCAGCACAGACAGCUGGACGCUGGGCAUCAUGACGUACGCCAUGCUCACCGGCAGCCACCCCUGGUCCGAGACGGGCAGCGACUGCCAAUCAUACCUCAGAUACCAAGAGUGGUUCCGUGAAGCCAAAGGCCCCAGCGAUGAACUGGUCGUGCGGACAGAACCCCAAACGGGAAGCUCACGGAAGACCUCGGGUGUGAAAGAGGCAGGACGGGAGGAGCAGCAUCCCGUCGCUCCUCAGUUUGUAUCUUUCACGCCGUUAGCCUGCUCGUUCUUCCAGUCGCUCCUCGACCCCAGGCCACAGCGUCGAGGACAACCUGAAGAUGCUCUGAGUUUCCUGGGAGGCGACUGGAUGACGGAGAAGGAGAGGAUGAGGCUGGAGGAGGAGAGGAAGAAAAGCAGUGGGAAGGGGGCGAUCAAGUGUGUGAAGGAGAAGGAGGGGAGAGGAGAGCGGUGAGGAUGACGGACCGUUGGUGCAGCACCAUGAUCUAAACUCGUUGUAGACGUCUGAGCUUGACAGGGGGUGUCACGAGUCAUGAGCCGAGGUGAGUGCAGCUCCUCAAAUAAACCAUCUUUGAGGUUCUUUUCCCAUAGGUGAGGAGCGGAGGGGACACCGGCUGCGCUGGAUUCCUGAUCAGGUGUCCUGGCAUAAAGGGAGGGUGGAGAUACCUCUCGACGCCGGAUGAUUGCUACAGUUUGGUUAGCUCCAGCCAUUUGUACUCGUUUGCUUUGCUCGCUUGUUUAUCGUGUUUGGAUUACUCGGAUUUUGACUUUGGACUCGUCUCCGAACCCUCGUCUGCUUUGCCCUGUCCGGGUCAUCCUCUACCACCUCCACCACCUUCGCCGCCAGAGACUCCGGAACCCUCAGGACCACCUCCCAUCCUCCUCCACGGCACUUGUCCCAUCUCCUCUCCGCUGCCUCACCCACCUCGCCCUCGCUCACCUCGGCUCGCCACCAUCCCCUUCGAUCGCAAGAUCUCAACUCUGGACUAUUAUCAACCGGUCAUCAACUCACUGGACUUCCCAGGGCUUCUUCUGUUCCCGUUUUUGUAAUAACGAGACUUUAUUUUUACUCACCUCAGCAGUCGUGUCGACUCUGCACGUCCUGGGUAGACGCCUCCCGCAAGUCACGACAGGGUUUUCCUUUCUUUAUCAAACACAAACCGACAGUUUGUAGACUAAAUCUGAACAGAUUUCAUGUGUUUGUAGAACAAAAUGAUUUUUUUUUUUAACUGAGGUUGUGUUAGUGGUCAGUGUCUUACCUGUAGGGGGCAGUAGUCAUGACAACCACAAUAAAGGUUCAAUCAGCUUGUCACAUAUCUGA